CUCUCCUUCUUGAUAGAUGACUCCCACCCACUCUCUCUCUCUCUAAACUCCAUGUCUCCAUAAACAAAAACCUUCCUUUUCUUUUCACAAACCCCACAACUUGCCCACAAACACACCUCCCAUUUUGCAUAUCAUCAUUUCUUUUUAUACACACAAAACCUUUUUUUUAAACAUAUACCUUUAUACAGUUAUACUCCACAUAGAAAUUAUGAGCUAUAAUACACUUUCUCUCUCCCUCUCUAAACCUAAGGCAGUUUGUUUUGUUUGUUGAUAGAUCUGUGGCGACCGAGAUCCGGUAAAAGAAUGUCGUUUGAUAUGAGUUCGGAGCGAGUUUGUUAUGUUCAGUGCAACUUCUGCAACACCAUUUUAGCGGUGAAUGUUCCAGGAAGCAACAUGCUGAAUGUGGUGACUGUUAGAUGUGGGCAUUGUGCUAAUUUGCUGUCUGUUAAUAUGGGAGGAUUGCUCCAGUCUGUUUAUCUCCAAGAUUUCCAGAAACAACAAUCAAUGGGAGAGGCUGCUGCUAAAGAAAGUGUGAAUAUUGGGUCAUCUUCAACAUAUAAUACUAAUAGAUAUGGUCCAUUGCAGACUCAACAUGAAGUACAACCUAAGAUGCCUCCAAUACGCCCACCGGAGAAGAGGCAACGUGUUCCAUCAGCAUACAACCGUUUCAUAAAAGAGGAGAUUCAGAGGAUAAAGGCUAGCAAUCCUGAAAUUACUCAUCGUGAAGCUUUCAGCGCAGCUGCAAAAAAUUGGGCACAUCUUCCUCAGAUUCAUUUUGGACUCAACAAAACAAGCUAAGAUGUGAGCCAUGAAGAUUACUAGGGGUGUUUUUUAUAUGUUACUAUAAUAUAAUUAUAUGUCAUGAUCAGUUAAUUAAUAAGUGUUUGUGAAAAUUUGCUAAAUUACAAAAAUAAGUGUGUGGUAAUGCUAGAUUAUUAAAUUCGAUGAUGGAUUUCAUGCCUAUUGCCCACUCGCUUUGUAAUUUGUGGGAUUGAUAAUACUCCAUAUAUAUGUUCACUUAAAACAAUAUUUGCGUUUGAUGUAUCCCUGUUGGUAAAUUAAUGUAAUAUGUUCUCCAUUUCUAAUUUGAUUUUAA